UCCUCUUACUUAGAGAUGGAGAAAAGAGGAAAGUAUUCUUCAAAAUUAGAAAGAGAAUCCAAAAGGACUUCAGAAAAUGAAGCAAUGAAAAGAUGUUGUUCUCCCACUAAUGAACUGGGAUUCCGACGGGGGUCAUCAUAUUCCAAGCACGGUAACAGUGGUUCCCGUUAUAAAUCUGCCCCUUCAAAACCUGUAUCCAAGUCUGAUAAAUUUAAAAAUUCUUUCUGUUGUACAGAAUUGAAUGAGGAAAUCAAACAGUCUCAUUCUUUUAGUUUACAGGCUCCUUGUUCAAAAGGUAGUGAAUUAAGAAUGAUUAGUAAAGUUCCUGAAAGAGAGAAGAUUGGGUCUCCAUCUCCAUCAAAUCGAUUAAAUGAUUCACCUACUUUUAAAAAGCUAGAUGAAUCACCUGUUUUUAAAUCUGAAUUUAUAGGACAUGAUAGCCAUGAUAGUAUUAAGGAAUUAGACUCUUUAUGUAAAGUGAAGAAUGAUCAAUUAAGAAGUUAUUGUCCCACAGAAUUUAAUGUAAACGGAUCUCCUGGGGCAGAAUCUGAUUUGGCAACAUUUUGCACUUCUAAACGUGACACUGUUUUGAUGUCUUCUGAUGAUGGUAUGACUGGAUCAGAGGUAUCCCCUUUGGUCAAAACGUGCAUGCUUUCAUCAAAUGGAUUUCAAAAUAUUAAUAGAUGUAAAGGAAAAGACUUGGAUGAUACUCGCAUGCAGCAUAGUAAGUCAGAAAGCCCAUUUAGAGAAACAGAACCUCCAGUGUCGCCACACCAGGAUCAACUCAUAUCUUUGCCAGUUAUGACUAUAGAUUAUUCCAAAACAAUAGUUAAAGAACCAGUUGAUGUGAGAGUUUCUUGCUGUAAAACCAAAGAUUCAGAUAUAUACUGUACUUCAAACGACAACCGCCCUUUGUGUCAUUCCGGAGCUGAAAAUACUGAGCCUUUAGUAACGAAGAUUUCUUCAAAUAGCUUUAUGAAUGUGCAUUUGAAAUCAAAAGCAGUUAUAUGUGAUAAUGGAAGUCUGACAGAUCAGCACUCAAAAUUUGCAUGUGGAGAAUAUAAGCGGAGUGUUGGUAGUACUAGUUCAGCUUCUGUUAAUCAUUUUGAUGAUUUAUAUCAACCUACAGGGAGCUCAUGUAUUGCUUCAUCUCUUCAGAGUCUUCCACCAGGAAUAAAAGUAGACAGUUUAACUGUCUUGCAGUGUGGAGAGAAUACAUCUCCAGUUUUGGAUGCUGUGCUGAAGAGUAAAAGCUCAGAGUUUUUAAAGCAUUCAGAGAAAGAAAUAAUAGAAGUAGGUAGUGGCCUUCCUGAUUCAGGAAGAGGAUUUGCUUCCUGGGAAAACAGGCAUAAUAAUGGACUAUCUGGGAAAUGUGUGCAAGAGGCUCAAGAAGAAGGGAAUUCCAUACUGCCUGAUAGAAGAGGAAGACCAGAAAUCUCUUUAGAUGAAGAAGGUGGAAGAGGACAUGCACAUACUUCUGAUGAUUCAGAAGUUGUAUUUUCUUCCUGUGAUUUGAAUUUCAUCAUGGAGGACAGUGAUGGUGUAACAUAUACCUUAAAAUGUGACAGUAGUGGUCAUGCCUCAGAGAUUGUAUCUACUGUCCAUGAAGAUUAUUCUGGUUCUUCCGAAAGUUCAAGUGAUGAAAGUGAUUCAGAAGAUACAGAUUCUCAUGAUAGCAGUAUUCCAAGAAACCGUCUUCAGUCUGUUGUGGUUGUGCCAAAGAAUUCUACUUUGCCCAUGGAAGAAAGUCCUUGUUCUUCUCGGAGCAGUCAAAGUUACAGACACUAUUCUGACCACUGGGAAGAUGAGCGAUUGGAGCCAAGGAGGCAUCCAUCUGAGGAAAAUUUUGAGAGUAUAGCAAGUUAAGCCUGUCCUCAAACUUAGAAGUUUUUCUUUCAUAAAGCAACAAAGAAGAAUUCAGAAAUUUCUUCUAUACAGCCCAGCCGAAAACAGAUAGAUAAUCACCUGUCUGAAAUUGCUCAUCCUCAGAGUGAUGGGGUUGAUAGUACAAGUCAUACAGACAUAAAAUCUGACCCUCUAGGUCAUCCAAAUUCUGAAGAAACAGUGAAAGCCAAAAUAACUUCUAGGCAGCAAGAAGAGCUGCCAGUUUAUUCUUCUGAUGAUUUUGAAGAUGUCUCAAGUAAGUCUAGGCAACAGACCACUUUCCCUAACAGGCCAGAUAGUAGACUGGGAAAAACAGAGUCAAAUUUUUCUUCUUGUGACAUCUCCCAAGUGGAUGGUUUCCAUUCAUCCGAAGAGCUCAGAAAUCUAGGGUGGGACUUCUCUCAACAAGAAAAGCCUACUACCACGUAUCAGCAACCUGACAGCAGCUAUGGAGCCUAUGGUGGACACAAGUAUCAGCAAAGUGCAGAACAGUAUAGUGGGACACGUAAUUACUGGCAAGGCAAUGGCUACUGGGAUCCAAGAUCAGCAGGUAGACCGCCUGGAACUGGGAGCAAUUUUCAGGCGUUUCCAUUAGCUAGUAUGAGGAAAGAAGCUCAGAAAUGUUUCUGUGGGUCAGCUAAUUGCCGGGGUUACCUGGGAGGAGAGAACAGAGUCAGCAUCAGAGCAGCAGGAGGGAAAAUGAAGAAAGAACGAUCUCGGAAGAAGGAUUCGGUGGAUGGAGAGCUAGAAGCUCUGAUGGAGAAUGUAACCGAACGAGGAAGGGAUGCUGUUGGCUUCAGAGAUCAAACAGUUGCCCCAAAGACUCCUAACAGGUCAAGAGAGAGAUACACAAACAAACAAACUCAAAAUAAAGAGAAAAGGAAACGAAGGGGCUCCCUCUCACCAACUUCUUCUGCCUAUGAGCGGGGAACAAAAAGACCAGAUGACAGAUAUGAUACACCAACUUCUAAAAAGAAAGUACGAAUUAAAGAUCGCAAUAAACUUUCUACAGAGGAGCGUCGAAAGUUGUUUGAGCAGGAGGUAGCUCAGCGGGAGGCUCAAAAACAACAGCAGCAGAUGCAGAACCUGGGAAUAACGUCUCCACUGCCCUAUGACUCUCUUGGCUACAAUGCCCCUCAUCACCCCUUUGCUGGCUACCCACCAGGUUAUCCCAUGCAGGCCUAUGUGGAUCCCAGCCAUCCUAAUGCUGGAAAGGUGCUCCUCCCCACACCCAGCAUGGAUCCUGUGUGUUCUCCUGCUCCUUAUGAUCAUUCUCAGCCCUUGGUGGGACAUUCUACAGAACCUCUUGCUGCCCCUCCACCUGUGCCAGUGGUGCCACAUGUGGCAGCCCCUGUGGAAGUUUCCAUUUCACAGUAUGUGGCCCAAAGUGACGGUGUGGUACAUCAAGACUCCAGUGUCACCGUCUUGCCAGCGCCAGCCCAAGGCUCAGCAGGACAGAAUUAUGGUGUUUGGGAUUCAAACCAACAGUCCGUGAGUGUACAGCAGCAGUACUCUCCUGCACAGUCUCAAGCAACCAUAUAUUAUCAAGGACAGGCUUGUCCAACUGUCUAUGGUGUGACAUCACCCUAUUCACAGACAACUCCACCAAUUGUACAGAGUUAUGCCCAGCUAAGUCUUCAGUACAUCCAGGGACAACAGAUUUUCACAGCUCACCCACAAGGAGUGGUGGUACAGCCAGCCACAGCCGUGACUACAAUAGUUGCACUAGGGCAGCCUCAGCCCUUACAGCCACCUGAAAUGGUUGUGACAAAUAAUCUCCUGGAGUUACCACCCCCAUCUCCUCCCAAACCAAAAACUAUUGUCUUACCUCCCAACUGGAAGACAGCCCGAGACCCAGAAGGGAAGAUUUACUACUACCAUGUGAUCACAAGGCAGACUCAGUGGGAUCCUCCUACUUGCGAAAGCCCAGAAGAUGUUGCCAGCCUUGGGCAUGAAGCUGAGAUGGACCUGGGAACCCCAACAUAUGAUGAAAAUCCCAUGAAGACCUCAUAAAAGCCUAAGACAGCAGAAGCAGACACCUCCAGUGAGCUGGCUAAGAAAAGCAAAGAAGUAUUCAAAAAAGAGAUGUCCCAGUUUAUCGUCCAGUGCCUGAACCCUUACCGGAAACCUGACUGCAAAGUGGAAAGAAUUACCACAACUGAAGAUUUCAAACACCUAGCUCGCAAGCUGACUCACGGCGUUAUGAAUAAGGAGCUGAAGUACUGUAAGAACCCCGAGGACCUGGAGUGCAAUGAGAAUGUGAAACAUAAAACGAAGGAGUACAUUAAGAAGUACAUGCAGAAGUUUGGGGCUGUUUACAAACAGCCUAAUUUUGUCCUCUUUGUUUACAAAGAGGACACUGAAUUAGAGUGA